AUUUUUUGAUGGUUUCAUUGAUUGAUCUUGAAAUCAUUUCAUCAGGUUGAGAAUCUAAGCAAAUCAUCAUGUCUAAAGAUGUUGACAGAAGCAAGGUAUUAAAAUCAAUCAAGGUAAUGAAGGCAGUGAAGAAAGACGGCAGCUGGAUCCACAAAGCUAACCCGGGGAAGAAAGAGCAGGACAAAUCAAGGACGGACGUCGCCAAGGACAACAGUUCCUCUCCAGUCAAGAAGAAAUCAUACGUCCUCUCUGCAAUCCAGAAAUAUGAGACCCGAGUGUCCGCAGAAGAACUUAGCAAAAAUGAUGAGGUGCAACCAGAACUAGCUAUUGCCAACACAGCUGAAGAAAACAAAGGAGGGUAUGCUAAUAUUUGUGUAGAAGGUCACGUCCAAAAUGGUGAUGCAGAAUCAGUUUCUCUAUCAAAGGGAAAUCCAGAGGCUAGAGAAGAAAACAAGGAGGAAUAUCCUGAUACAAGCACAUACAAGGACUCGACAAUCCUUGACAUGAUGGUAUCCCAGUCACCAACUGGCAGCCACGCUGUGCCUGAGGAUGUGGUGAAGUCAUUACCUGAGACCCCAGGAGAUGAUGAAGUUCUACAAGGUGCUGUGGAACUGGUCCCUCUUCUUGUGCCUAGAUCACCUCCUCAGUCUGCUUUAAGUGCAAUUGUGAAAGAUGUGGAGGAUGAAGACAAGUCUGUGGCUCCAACAGAAGGGGUCUCAGAGACUAGAUCUGAGACAUCUGUGGGGACCCGAGUGCCUGCAGAAGAACUAAGCAAAAAUGGUGAGGUGCAACCAGGAAUAGCUGUUGCUAGCACAGCACAACAAGCAACUCCAGGAGAUGAAGAAGUUCUACAAGGUGCUGUGGAACCAAUCCCUGUUCCUGUGCCUGCCACAGUCAUAUCAGAGGAGUCAGCAGCGGAGACAACAGAAGAUACAAAGAACAUCUCUCCACCGGUUUUAAGUGCAAUUACGAAAUUUAAAGAUGUAGACGAGUCUGCAGCUCCAACACAAGAAGUCUCAAAGACUAGAUCCGAGGAGGCGGUAGAGUGUGAACACAACACCAUCACCGAGCAAAGUGCUGAGUCAGUGCCGACGAAUGCUGAGGAUUAUCUGCUGAGGGAGUUAAACAUCAAUGAUGCUCUCGAACCUGUAAAUGAUUUAGAAGCCAAAGCAGUUCAGGGUAAAUAUUCUGACAGAGGCAUCAAACUGACUGAUGCGUUGGAUGUGCAGCCACCCACAGUCGACACUGUCGCCGAACCCGUGGAAGAUCCAGAGCAAUCAGAGCUGUCAGAGCAGGCGAAAAUGAACCAGUCUGAUGAUGCUCAUAUCACUGAAAUGUCACAAAAGCCCGAUGACUUGUUACGUCGUCGAACCAGUGAUGUCAAAGCCGUUUGUUCUUUCUGUGACCGUAUUAUUGAUGGGAAAACAAAGCUCAUCGUCAGUGAACCUGCAGUGAUUUGCCACCCAGAAUGUCUCAAGUGUAGCGUGUGUGCGAAGACUCUGGGAGAUUUGCUUACCCGCAUGUUUCUAUAUCACCAAGGGAUCCACUGUGAUGACUGCUUUGCCAACGCUCUCGUGGCCUGAAGCCUAAGCGGGACAGAGACUCAAAGCACAUUGUGAUUAAUGUGUUGUGUGGGCUGAGAACCUCAUUACUGUAGCCUUCACUCUGUCUUUUGAAA